AUGGAGGGUCUUGGGCAGCUUAUUUCAUGGGCGACGCGGGCCGGCGAGGACGAUGUUCAAGGCGAAGCUGGAGAGAACCCAAGUGCUCAUGUCGACGCGACCAGGCACCGCUGUUUCCCUGCCGAGGUUGACGACAUCGGCCUGCCUCUGACCAUCCAAGCAUCUACAUGCAUGGACGCCUUUGUAUCUAAGAAGAGACGCAGAUCAUCGCCGUCGGAUGUCGACCGAAACAUCAUUUCCGCGCCACUGGUAGUCGACGACGAUGAAUCGACCGACUUCAAGCUCGCCGUGCUGGCAUCGCUACAUCCCGAGCUUGACCACCCAUGUCUGCUUGAAGCUUUACUAGCUUUCGAUGGCUCUGUGGAAAGAGCCUCGGACUGGCUCAAAAAAGAACAGAGCUCAAAGCGUCCUCAAAAAAAGCUAGCUGCGGUAAGAUAUCAGUCUUCUUUUACUUCAUACACUCUCCCGCGCAAAGAAAGCGAGCAAUCUCAGACCAAACCACCACGGAUAACCCAGAAAGGCAAAACACUGCAUUUAUACUCUCCAGAAGACGUGGAAAAACAUACCCCAUGCUCCAUCAUUCACAACUUCCUCCCCUCCGAAGAGGCCGACGCACUGCUCCGUGAACUUCUCAACGAAGUCCCCACCUUCGGCCGCCAGAGCUUCAAGCUCUUCGACAACGUCGUCCAGAGCCCACACACGAUGUGCUUCUACGUCGACAGCUGGGACGAAGCCGAGCAGCAAAAGACCGAGUACGUGUACAACGGCAGUCACGUUGAAGACGUCCGGCGCACACUGCCCGAAAUGGCAAAAGUAUCACGCAAAGUGCAAGACACCGUCAAUAGCGAGAUACUCCGGCGAAUCGAGCACUUCCAAGGCGGCGAGCGACUGAAAUACCAGUCCGCCCGCGAAUGGACGCCCAACGCCUCCUUCGUCAACUGCUACGACGGCGGCGCCGAGAGCGUCGGCUACCACUCGGACCAGAUGACCUACCUAGGCCCGCGCGCCGUAAUCGGGAGCCUCAGUCUAGGCGUCGCGCGUGAGUUCCGAGUCCGCAAAAUCGUAGCCCGAGACGAGGAGGACGGCGGCGGCGGCGGCGGCGGCGGCGGCGGCGACGCAACCGCGCGCGCCGACGCAGAGGGCCAGAUCGCAAUCCACCUGCCGCACAACUCGCUGCUGGUGAUGCACGCGGGCAUGCAGGAGGAGUGGAAACACAGCAUUGCGCCGGCCGCGGCCAUCGAUCCGCACCCGCUCGCUGGCCGCAAGCGCAUCAAUGUCACGUAUCGCCACUACAAGCCCAGUCUGCAUCCGAGGUUCACGCCGCGCUGCGCUUGCGGCGUUGCGGCUGUGCUGCGCUGUGUGCAGAGGAAGAGGGCGACGAGGGGCCGUUAUAUGUGGAUGUGCCAUGCGGGAUAUUCGGCUGGGCGGGAGGGGGAUGGGUGCGGAUUUUUUAAGUGGGCGGAGUUUGAUGAGGAGGGGGAGCCGGUGUGGGAGGAGAGGAAGGGGGGUUAAGUUCGUCUAGGUGCAUGUACCGCAUGCACCGGCAAGCUAGGCAGGCAAACGAAUGCUGGAUGCGUAUGUACAUCUUCCAGCAAUGCUAUUAAAUCGCCAAAGCACAGCAGCACUUUCUCUGUCUCCUAGUGGCUUCUUCCAAUGGACACAUUGAAGGCCCAACCAACAAACAUCACCACUAAGCUACCCAGCUCCCACGCCCCCGCUACCCGGCCGUUUCACCACCACCACCAUCCUCAACCAACCAAGCACCACCACAACCGCACCAAAAAAAAAAAACCGCAAACAAAAGCCCCC